AUGGUCUCUCUGAACAAGGACACUCAGGAUGAGGGUAUGUGCCCCUUCUGCCUGGAGAGCCUGAAGGAGGCUGUGAGCCUUGACUGCAGACACCUCUGCUGCCGCGUGUGCCUGACCCAGUAUGUGGAGAAUGCCUUAGCCUCGGGGGUCCUCAGCUGCCCUCUCUGCAGGAAGCCAUUUUCUGAAGGGGUCCUGGGAGAAGGUUACAUCUGCCACAGCCACCAGAAGAGAGUGUGCAGGUUCUGUGAACUCAGCAGAUGUCUUCUGUGUGUGGAAUGCCUGAAGUGUCCUGAACACCAGUCUCAUCCUGAGCUUACCAUUGAAAACGCCAUCAGCCACUACAAGGAACGACUCAGCCGCCGGGGCAGGAAGCUCAGGAAGGAAAUUUGGGAGCUUCAGCAGCUUAAGGCUCAGGAAGAGGAGAUGCUGCGGGCUCUGCAGGUAGAUUGGGGAGACCAGAAGCUGGAGGCUGAGCUGCAGAGCCAGCACCAAACCAAUGGGAAACUGGGGGCCCUUCCUCAGCAGCAGCUGGACCAGCGGGAGGACCUGAAAGCAGAUGUGGCUAGGAUCCUUGACCUGUCUGAAGCAAUAAUGCAAUUCAGAGUCCUGGUAGCUGAUCUGGAGAAGAUGGCCAAGGAGCUGGAUGCCAGCACUCUGAAGGAUGCCAGUGACUUACUGAACAGGAGUGCUCCACAGAAAUUUGACAGAUUCCUCUCACUCUUUCCCUCAACUGGUCCAGCCCCUCAUAUUGCAUCAUCAGGCCAACGAUCUUCUGGACACAUCCCCACAGCUGUCAGCUGA